CAGACCCAUUAACGUUCAUUUUUCUCGCGCACCGUUUCAGCCAGUUGGUGAGGCUGCAGCUAAGAGAUUAACCUUAAAGUUAGCGACGGACUUCGCUCGCAAAAAGCAGCAUAUUUUACAUACAUAGAUCUUUCUAAACAAAUAUGCAAACUCUGGAGAGCAUUAGACAGACGCUUUUCAGCCUGGACACACCUAGGCUGCACCUCCUGGCAGCAUCUGGAGCUGUCCUGGCUGUAGGUGGAUUAGCGGCAUGUUACUGUGCUACUCAGAGGAAGGCAAAGACCCUCCCGAUGGGCGAUGGCUGGUGGGGUGUUGGUCCAAAGCCACCGUCAGAGGACAAAAGUAUUUACCCUUUUCUGGUAAAAAUGUCAGAAGACGAAAUUCAGGAUCUCCACAGACGCAUCGACCAGGCCAGGUUCACCGAACCCCUAGAGGACGCACGCUUUCACUACGGCUUCAACACCACCUACCUCAAAAAGGUGGUCUCUUAUUGGAGGAAUGAGUUUGACUGGAAGAAACAGGUCGAUAUUCUCAAUAAGUAUCCGCAUUUCAAAACCAAAAUUGAAGGGCUGGAUGUUCACUUCAUCCGUGUGCGUUCCCCCAGCCUCCCUGAGGGCUGCAGAGUCAGAGCCCUGAUGAUGGUUCACGGUUGGCCAGGGUCCUUCUUUGAGUUCUACAAGAUCUUGCCCCUGCUGACUGAGCAGGAGGAUGGCCUGGCGUUUGAGGUCAUUUGUCCCUCAAUCCCAGGGUAUGGCUUCUCUGAGGCCCCCAACAGGCAGGGAUUUAAUUCCCUCGAUGCUGCACGCAUCUUCCUCAAGUUGAUGGAGCGCUUGGGCUUUACGGAAUUUUACCUGCAGGGCGGUGACUGGGGGUCCCUCAUUACCAGCAAUAUGGCCCAGAUGAAACCAGCCUGCGUGAGGGGCCUGCAUCUGAACUUCUUCUCUGUGAGAAGCAAAGGGCUCGGCAUGGUGCUCUCACUGAUCAUCGGGCCCUACCUGCCCUUCUUGGUGGGCUUUACCCAGGAGGAUGUCAAGCGGCUCUUCCCCUUCAUGGAGAAGAAUGUGUACGAGAUACUGAGGGAGAGUGGCUACCUGCAUAUCCAGGCCACGAAGCCCGACACUGUAGGCUGUGGAGUAAAUGACUCCCCCGUGGGUCUGGCCUCUUAUAUCCUGGAGAAGUUUUCUACUUGGACUGACUAUAACAACAGGAAUGUAGCGGAUGGAGGUCUGGAAAGACAAUUUACCCUUGAUGAUCUCCUGACUAACGUGAUGAUAUAUUGGACAACGGGGACAAUUGUGCCCUCCAUGCGCUUCUACAAAGAAAACAUGAAGAAUAACAUUGAGAACAGAAUGGACUACAAGAUGAAUGUGCACGUCCCCACGGGGCUGGCGGCGUUCCCACACGAGAUGCUACACUGUCCGUGGGCCUGGGCACGUCGACGGUACAGGAACAUCCAAUCUUACACCUACAUGCCCCGGGGGGGUCACUUCGCUGCUUUCGAACAGCCUGAGCUACUGGCCAGUGACAUCAGGAUGUUUGUGAAGAAGGUGGAGAAGCUUUAACAGGUCCCACGAUGCGCAGAUCGCAGCUGACGAGGUCAGGCUGCUUUCAGUAAAUCACUGAAGUAACUAAUUCUGAGGUGUUUCAGGAAGCAAAGAUGGAAAAAAACAGAAGUUCUUGCACUGAUGAUUCUUUAAAAUCCCAUAAUGCAGAGAGUAAGAAUGUUUAGAAGUUGAACUACUUUUAACAAGCUUGUUCUACUUACAUUGAUUCUAAUGGACUGAUUUUUUUUUUAAGUCAGAUACAUCCUGAGUUUAAAAUGAUUCCUUUCUGAAAUAAUUUUGAGUGGCAUGUAUAAAGUAACCUCUGCAAUGUGGAGCACUUCACUGUUUUUACGGUUAUACUUGUCAUGGGACAUUAAAAUCUGUAAGCAUGUGUAA